AUGAACUACCAAAGACUAGAAAAGUUAGGCGAGGGAACGUAUGCAAACGUUUAUCGUGCUCAAAACCGCACGACGGGUGAAGUCGUUGCUCUAAAAAUCAUUCGUAUUGACCCAGAGGAAGGAACUCCGAGUACGGCGAUUCGAGAGAUUAGCCUUAUGAAGGAGCUUCGACACCCAAACAUCAUGUCGCUGAUUGACGUUUUGCAUACGGAUAAUAAGUUAAUGCUUGUUUUUGAGUAUAUGGAAAAAGAUUUAAAAAAGUAUAUGGAUGCCUAUGGAAACCAGGGAGCUUUAAGCCCUGCCGAAGUAAAAAACUUCACCAGGCAAUUGCUAAGUGGGAUUUCAUUCUGCCAUGAAAACCGUGUACUACACCGCGACUUGAAGCCUCAAAACCUUCUCAUUAAUAACAGAGGGGAAUUAAAAUUAGCAGACUUUGGUCUAGCUAGAUCCAUCGGUAUUCCCGUGAACACUUUUUCAAACGAGGUCGUUACGCUUUGGUAUCGUGCCCCUGAUGUCUUGUUGGGUUCAAAAGCGUACAAUACUUCCAUUGAUAUUUGGUCGGUUGGUUGCAUUAUGGCUGAAAUGGCAACGGGACGUCCUUUGUUUGCUGGCUCUAAUAAUGAAGAUCAAUUACUAAAAAUUUUUCGUUUGCUAGGAACACCUACUGAGCAGACGUGGCCAGGUAUAUCCCUUCUCCAGGAUUAUAAAACUACAUAUCCUCUAUACAAAAGCCAAGAUCUAAAUCACUUGAUGCCCCAUUUUGACCCUCUUGGUUUAGACCUUCUGAGAAGAAUGCUUCGUCUUCAACCUGAACUUCGUAUUACAGGUGACGAUGCCUUACAACAUGCCUGGUUUUUAACUCCUUAA